GGCAAUACUGCUUUUGAGGUGUCAGUUGUGACAGUUUGACAAAUACCUGUAAAACGCACGUUUUAUUUGAGGCAUUUUACUUACAACUUAUUUACUUCAAUAGAAGUUAAAGUGUUAUCUUUAAAAAAGUAGUACAAAAUGGGAAAGAAAAACAAGGACUCUCUAGGGAGGUCGCUUAUUAAGGAUAGGUUCUCUAAAAAUCGACACCGCCGUCAUGUAGAAGAUAACACCAUGUUACAUACAACAGAAGUCAAUGAUGGUUAUGACUGGGGACGCCUAAACUUACAAUCAGUGACUGCAGAAUCUUCUCUCCAAGAGUUCCUGUCUACAGCUGAGUUAGCUCAAAAAGAGUUUACUGCAGAAAAAAUGAAUUUAAAAUAUGUCAAAUCGGUGCCAAUGGAGGUGCCCGUGGUUACAUCUCAGCCUGAUUUCGAUGAGCCUUUAACUGUGCCAAGAAGGCCACAAUGGACCCCAGGUAUAUCAACAGAGGAACAGUUAAUUCGUGAAAGAGAUGCGUUUUUGGAUUGGCGUCGGAAUCUAAAUGAAUUACAGGCUAAACUAGGGGCAGCACUCACACCAUAUGAAAGGAAUUUGGAACUAUGGAAACAGUUGUGGAGGACUUUAGAAAAGUCUGAUGUUGUUCUGAUACUUCUUGAUGCAAGAAAUCCACUAUUGUUUAGGUGUGCAGAUUUGGAACAGUAUGCUUCAGAACAAAAAUGCAAGUCAAUAUUACUGUUGAACAAAGCUGACCUCACAAGUGAACAUGAAAGGAAAAGUUGGGCUGAAUAUUUUACAAAAGAGAAUGUUCCUAUUAUGUUUUUCUCUGCGGCAAAGACAAUAAACGAACGUAAAAUAUCUGAAGCUAGUGGAGAUACUCCUGACACAAAAGAUGAUGAGGAAGAAGAUUCUGUACCUUCUGAUGCAGAGAGUGAUGAAAAUAUAGAUCUAGAAUCUGACGAAAAUGCAUUAAAGAGUACUGAAGAAGAUAUUGAAUUAUUUAAAAGGCAAUUGAGUGAAAUUGACAAAGCAGUGUCAAAUACAGCAGACAGACUAGACAGAAUCCAAGAUGCUUUAGAUAAAGUUGUCGAAAACUUACGACUUGGGAGACCUAUUGACUUCUUUGAAAGUCAAACUUUAGAAAUUGAACCCAGUGUUAAAGAGGUAGUUAAUGUUUCAGAAGAUACUGAGAAAGUGCAAAAUUCCCAUGAAAUUUAUGAUCGCAAUAAGUUAUUAGAAGUAUUAAAGAGUAUCAAAGUUCCAAAAUUGAAAAAUCCACCAAGACUGAGUGUUGGUAUGAUUGGGUAUCCUAAUGUUGGUAAAUCUAGUACUGUGAAUGUACUGAUGCAAACUAAAAAGGUGAGCGUAAGUUCGAUGCCUGGGCACACUCGACAUAUUCAGUCGCUCAUUUUAGACGACGAUAUAGAGUUGUUGGACUGCCCUGGGUUGGUGUUGCCAGCGUAUGCGGUGGCGCCUGAUUUAUUAUUGACAGCAGUGUUGCCAAUCGACCAGAUGCGAGCCCACGACGCUGCGAUGGCGCGUCUGUGCCAACUGGUCGGCAAACACGUGUUCGAAGAGAAAUACGGUCUUCUACUCCCGCAGGAUAAUGCUGCGAAGGAAUUAGAUUACAAGCAGAUACUCACCGCUCAUGCCUUCAACAGAGGGUUCAUGACGGCGGCGGGGCAGCCCGACCAGUCGCGCUCGGCGAGACUCCUGCUCAAGGACGCGGCGAGCGGCCGCCUGCGCUGGGGACAGCUGCCGCCCGGCUGCAGCCCCCCGCCCCUCGACCUGCUGCUGGAAGACAAGAGGAACGAGAAGCGGAAGCCUACGCCCAGGGAGGCUAGGAUGGUUGAGGGUUGGUUGAACAAAGCAUCUGAAAUCGACAGCGCGUUCUUCGCGAUGCAAAAGAGUACGGCGCAUGUUAAAGGAACGCAACUUAUUAGCAGCGGUAUGACAGCAGCUCAGCCAGCAGAAAAACCUUUAGGUAAACCUUGGAAAUUGGAGAAAAAACAUGCAAACAAAAACAAAAGAGAAAAACUCAGGAGAGUGUACGCGCAUCUCGACGAACAUUGAUAAUACCGUCCUAUUCUAAAUGUUCAAUGCGAAUGAGACAGCUAUAUAAUAAGCAAUAAGAGUAAAAAGGAUGGCUGUGUGAUGCAUUAUACUGUCUGUUAAUUAAUUAAUAUUAUCGACCAGACACGGCUCUAGUUUUAAUUUAACGAAUAAAGAGACACUAAAGAUGUUGAUUUAUAUAAGAUUCGCAUCAGUUAUGGAAUAUUUCUUCUUGGCACGAACAACAAUUUUGUAUGAAAUUGAAGUGAGCUCUAAUAUAUGUAUUUUAAAAAUAUAUAUUUUAAUAGGGGGUCAUUAACCCCAAACGACCUCCUGGAUUCGUGUCUGGUUAAAAAUUGUUCAUUAUUUUGGAUAUUUCUUCUGUCCAAGUGUUUCAAAAUGUUGUGAACUGUAUUCCCCAAAUUUGUAAACUAGAGACUAUUUUUAUAUUAUUUAAUUAACAUUUGUAUAAUUUAUAUAUCUUCAAAGCGAGCGAGAACUAUACAGAAUAAACAUCUAUCACUGUA